AUGUCUCUACGUUGUGGGGGAGCCACCCACACCCUGGGACACUGGGUAUUAGGAAGAUAUUUAUUUAGCCCAGCUAGAACACUAAGUUCCUUGCCAGAUCAAAAGAAGGAGUUUUUACAAAAUGGUCCAGACCUUCAAGAUUUUGUAUCUGGUGAUCUUGCAGACAAGCGCACCUGGGAUAAAUAUAAAGGAAACUUAAAAUGCCAGAAGGCGAAAAGUUAUGUGAGAAUGUAUGAUGGCCCGAUAUUGGAGAGUGUUGGGGAGGUGGAGAGUUUGCCACGGCCACAGCCAUAA